AUGGGCAAGACCAAGGAUAGCCUGAAGGCAACCGUCGUCGCCGCCGGUGUCUUCAUUUUGGCGAGGAAGAUGCUUGACUCGCCCGAUCGUAACAAACGCCGUCAGCCUGACUUAGAGGUCCCGAUUGCCCGAAGGGCCCAUGACACCCAAGAACGCAGGCCCGAGCGCCGCACUCGUCGCUACAGCCGGUCAUACACCGAAAGUACCUCUGAUUAG